GCGGGGCGCGCGCCGGGCGGCACCGGGGGGACCCCAGGGCUCCCGGGCGGCGCGGGCACAGCCCCGGUGCCCCGGCCGGCGCUGACGGACACGCGCCUCUCCGAGCCCCCCCGGCACCCGCCGGCCACCAUGGACCCCCAGAGCGACACAGAGGGGGGGUCCGGCCGUGAGCCCCCGCUGGAGCUCCUGCCCCGUGUCCCGCUGCACGCUUCCCUGCCCGCCCCAGGGCCGGAGGGGCCGGAGGGGCCGGGGCCGGAGGCGGGGGUGGACGCGGGGCUGGCGGCGGCGCGGGAGCGGCAGCUGCAGCGGGAGCUGGUGGCCCUGAAGCAGCAGCAGCAGCUCCAGAAGCAGCUGCUCUUCGCCGAGUUCCAGAAGCAGCACGAGCACCUCACCCGCCAGCACCAGGUCCAGCUGCAGAAGCACCUCAAGCAGCAGCAGGAGGCCCUGGCCGCCCGCCGGCAGCAGGAGCUGGAGCAGCAGCGGCAGCGGGAGCGGCAGGAGCUGGAGCAACAGCGCCUGGAGCAGCUCCAGAGCCUGCGCCCCAAGGACCGGGGCCGUGACAGUGCCAUUGCCAGCACGGAGGUGAAGCUGAAGCUCCAGGAGUUCCUGCUCAGCAAGACGAAGGAGCCGGGCCCUGGCCCCCCCAACCAUUCCCUCCCCCAGCACCCCAAAUGUUGGGCUCACCACACCUCGUUGGACCAGAGUUCCCCCCCCCAGACUGGCAGCCCGGGGACCCCCCCAUCCUACAAGCUCCCCCUCCUCGGCACCUACGACGGCCGGGAUGAUUUCCCGCUCCGGAAAACCGCCUCGGAGCCCAACCUGAAGGUGCGGUCGCGGCUGAAGCAGAAGGUGGCGGAGCGGAGGAGCAGCCCCCUCCUGCGGCGCCGCGACGGCUCCGUGCUCAGCGCCUUCCGCAAGCGCCACGUCGAGAUCACCGUGUCGUCGGUUUGCAGCAGCGCCCCCGGGUCGGGGCCCAGCUCCCCCAACAGCUCCCACGGUGCCCACAACGGCCUGGCCGCCUCUGUCCCCAACAUCCACAGUGAGCAGCUCCUGCCCCAGCCCCGCGCCCUGGCCCUGGACGGGGCCCAGCUCAGCCUCUACACGUCCCCGUCGCUGCCCAACCUGUCCCUGGGGCUGCAGGCCACUGUCACCGUCACCAGCGCCCACCUCCCCGCGUCCCCCAAGCUGUCGCCGCAGGCGGAGGGCGAGCGGCCGGGGGUGCCCCCGGGGGUGUCCCCGCUGCGCCCCGGGGCCGCCCUCACCGGGAAGUUCCUGAGCACAUCCUCGAUCCCGGGGUGCCUGCUGGGGGUGGCCCUGGACGGAGACGCCCCGGCCGGGCCCCCGUCGCUGCUGCAGCACGUGCUGCUGCUGGAGCAGGCGCGGCAGCAGAGCACCCUCAUUGCUGUGCCCCUGCACGGGCAGUCCCCGCUGGUGACGGGGGAGCGCGGGGGGGGUCCCCGUGGGAACAAACUGCCGCGACACCGGCCCCUGAGCCGCACCCAGUCGUCCCCGCUGCCCCAGAGCCCCCAGGCCCUGCCCCACGGCCCCCUCCAGCACCACUUCCUCGACAAGCAGCAGGUCCAGCUGGGCAAGCUGCUCCCCAAGGGGGGGGAGCUGGCCCGGCAGCCCCCCACCCACCCCGAGGAGACAGAGGAGGAGCUGACGGAGCAGCAAUCGCCCCCCCCGGGUGAGAGGGGCCCCCCCGGGCCCCCCCCUCGGCCCCCCCCUCGCCCUCGUGUCCCCAGAGCCCGGGGACCCCCCGGAGCAGCCGCAGGACCCCGAGGGCUGCCAGGAGCCGGCGAUGACUCGGAAGGGUCGGUGACUCAUCCCCCCCUCUGUCCCCUGUCCCCGCCACCCCCGCGCUGUGACCCCCCUGUCCCCUGCCGUGACUCAUCCUCCCCUCGCCCCCCCCCGGGCCGUGGGGCUGACGGGGUGGGGUCCCCCCAGAUGUACCCCGAGGUGCCGCUGCAGCUCUUCCCCGCGCCCCCCCUGGGGGUCCUGGCUCUGCCCCACCCCGCCCUCGCCCGAACCCAAUCGUCCCCUGCCAGCGUCAAACCCCCCCCGCCCGAGGGGCCCCCCAAGCACCUCUUCACCACAGGCGUGGUGUACGACACGUUCAUGCUGAAGCACCAGUGCACCUGUGGGAACACCACCAUCCACCCCGAGCAUGCCGGGCGCAUCCAGAGCAUCUGGUCCCGGCUGCAGGAGACGGGGCUGCUCGGGAAGUGCGAGCGGAUCCGGGGCAGGAAGGCGACGCUGGAGGAGAUCCAGACGGUGCACUCGGAGCACCACGCGCUGCUCUACGGCACCAGCCCCCUGAACCGCCAGAAGCUGGACAGCAAGAAGCUGCUGGGUCCCAUCACGCCGAAGACGUACACGGUGCUGCCGUGCGGGGGCAUUGGGGUGGACAGUGACACGGUGUGGAACGAGCUGCACUCGUCCAGCGCGGUGCGCACGGCCGUGGGCUGCCUGCUCGAGCUGGCCUUCAAGGUGGCCGCGGGUGAGGUCAAGAAUGGCUUCGCCGUCAUCCGCCCCCCAGGCCACCACGCCGAGGAGUCCACGGCCAUGGGCUUCUGCUUCUUCAACUCGGUGGCCAUCUCGGCCAAGCUGCUGCAGCAGCGGCUCAGCGUGGGCAGGAUCCUCAUCGUGGACUGGGACAUCCACCACGGGAACGGGACCCAGCAGGCCUUUUACAGCGACCCCCACGUGCUCUACAUCUCCCUGCACCGCUACGAUGAUGGCAACUUCUUCCCGGGCAGCGGGGCCCCCGAGGAGGUGGGCAGCGGGCUGGGCGUGGGCUACAACAUCAACAUCGCCUGGACCGGCGGCGUGGACCCCCCGAUCGGGGACGUGGAGUACCUGACAGCCUUCAGGACGGUGGUGAUGCCCAUCGCCAACGAGUUCUCCCCGGACGUGGUGCUGGUCUCUGCCGGCUUCGACGCCGUCGAAGGCCACCUGUCCCCGCUCGGUGGCUACUCUGUCACCGCCAAGUGUUUCGGGCACCUGACGAAGCAGCUGAUGAUGCUGGCGGGGGGCCGGGUGGUGCUGGCGCUGGAGGGGGGGCACGACCUGACGGCCAUCUGCGACGCCUCCGAGGCCUGCGUCACCGCCCUGCUCGGCCUCGAGCUGGAGCCCCUGGACCCGGCCCUCCUGCAGCAGAAGCCCAACGUGAACGCGGUGGCCACGCUGGAGAAGGUCAUCGAGAUCCAGAGCCAGCACUGGGGCUGUGUCCGGCGCUUCGCGGCCACUGUGGGCCGGUCCCUGCUGGAGGCGCAGCGCGGGGACACCGAGGAGGCCGAGACGGUGACAGCCAUGGCCCUGCUGUCGGUGGGCGCCGAGCAGGGCGGGGCAGACCCCCAGCCCAGGCCGGCGGAGGAGCCGAUGGAGGCCGAGCCCACGCUCUGACCCGCCCGGAUCAUCCGGAAAAACCGAGGAACACCCGGAAGAGAUGAAAAACACACACACACACACA